AGGGAGAUAGGAAUCGAGGUUUCAACUUUCAGGCGUAAUGGCUGGAAAUGAUUGGAUUAAUAGCUAUUUGGAGGCAAUUCUGGACGUUGGACCUGGUAUAGAUGAAGCCAAGUCUGCCAAGCCAUCGCCGUCGCUGCUUCUCCGAGAGAGAGGACAUUUCAGUCCCACUCGGUAUUUCGUCGAGGAGGUCAUCACCGGCUUCGAUGAGAGCGAUCUAUACCGCUCGUGGGUUAAGGCUGCAGCCACCCGAAGUCCCCAGGAGAGGAAUACUAGGUUGGAGAAUAUGUGCUGGAGGAUUUGGAACUUAGCUCGACAAAAGAAGCAGCUUGAAGGAGAGGAAGCCCAGAGGAUGGCUAAACGUCGUCUUGAACGCGAAAAAGGUCGAAGAGAAGCAACAGCUGAUAUGUCUGAAGAUUUAUCGGAGGGAGAGAAAGGAGAAGUGGUCGGUGAUACACCGGUUCAUGGAGACAGCGCCAAAACACGUCUGCCGAGAAUCAGCUCUGUUGAUGCAAUGGAGGUGUGGGCUAGUCAACAAAAGGGGAAAAAGCUAUAUAUUGUAUUAGUGAGCCUUCAUGGUCUGAUAAGGGGGGAUAACAUGGAGCUUGGCCGUGAUUCUGAUACUGGUGGUCAGGUUAAGUAUGUAGUGGAACUUGCUAGGGCCUUGGGAUCAAUGCCUGGCGUGUAUCGGGUAGAUUUGCUCACUAGACAAGUAUCAUCCCCAGAUGUAGAUUGGAGCUAUGCAGAACCUACAGAAAUGCUGGCUCCUACUAGUUCAGAAGGCUUGGUAGGUGAGAUGGGCGAGAGCAGUGGUGCUUAUAUUAUUCGGAUACCGUUUGGUCCAAGAGAUAAAUAUAUUCCUAAAGAACUUCUGUGGCCUCACAUCCCUGAAUUUGUUGACGGUGCACUUAGCCAUGUCAUCCAGAUGUCUAAAGUUCUUGGUGAGCAGAUUGGUGGGGGGAAUCCAGUCUGGCCAGUUGCAAUCCAUGGGCAUUAUGCUGAUGCGGGGGAUUCUGCUGCACUGCUCUCUGGUGCUUUAAAUGUUCCAAUGCUUUUUACUGGCCACUCAUUAGGUCGGGAUAAAUUGGAGCAAUUACUAAAACAGGGUCGAUUGACAAGGGAUGAGAUAAAUUCAACAUACAAAAUAAUGCGGCGGAUAGAGGCUGAAGAAUUAGCUCUUGAUGCCUCUGAAAUAAUUAUUACUAGUACUAGACAGGAAAUUGAAGAGCAAUGGAGAUUAUAUGAUGGGUUUGAUCCAAUCUUGGAACGUAAACUACGUGCUAGGAUCAAGCGUAACGUGAGUUGUUACGGCAGAUUCAUGCCUCGAAUGGCGGUAAUUCCCCCUGGGAUGGAGUUCCAUCAUAUUGUUCCUCUUGAAGGUGAUAUGGACGUUGAGACAGAAGGAAGUGAGGAUCACCCUGCUUUGUCAGAUCCACCUAUCUGGUUUGAGAUAAUGCGGUUCUUCACUAAUCCUCGUAAGCCCAUGAUUCUUGCCCUUGCUAGACCAGAUCCAAAGAAGAACAUCACAACUUUGGUCAAAGCAUUUGGAGAAUGUCGGCCACUUAGGGAGCUUGCAAACCUUACGCUAAUUAUGGGUAACAGAGAAGGAAUUGAUGAAAUGUCAAGUACAAAUGCAUCUGUCCUUCUCUCAGUGCUUAAACUUAUUGACAAAUAUGAUUUGUAUGGACAAGUGGCAUACCCUAAACAUCACAAACAAGCUGAUGUUCCUGACAUAUAUCGUCUGGCAGCAAAAACCAAGGGCGUUUUUAUAAAUCCAGCAUUCAUUGAGCCAUUUGGACUCACUCUAAUUGAGGCGGCAGCUCAUGGUUUACCUAUUGUUGCUACAAAAAAUGGAGGCCCUGUUGAUAUACAUCGGGUGCUCGACAAUGGUCUUCUUAUUGAUCCACACGAUCAACAGUCUAUUGCUGAUGCUCUUCUGAAGCUUGUUGCAGACAAGCACCUCUGGGCUAGAUGCCGGCAAAAUGGUUUGAAGAAUAUUCACCUAUUUUCAUGGCCAGAGCAUUGUAAGACAUAUCUAUCAAGAAUUGCUAGUUGCAAACCGAGGUAUCCACAUUGGCAAAGAAAUGAAGAUGAAGAUGAUAACUCAGAAUCAGGUUCACCCGGUGAUUCGUGGAGAGAUAUACAAGACAUUUCUCUAAACCUGAAGUUUUCAUUAGAUGUUGAGAAGAGUAGUGGAAUUGAUAGAUCUCUUGAGUCAGAAGGAAACGCUGCUGAUAGAACAAAUAAAUUAGAGAAUGCUGUAUUGAGCUGGUCAAAGGGCGUUUCAAAGGAUACACGAAAAUCAGUCGCGGAAAAAGCUGAUCAAAAUGCAAAUGUUGGCAAGUUUCCAGCAUUAAGGAGGAGAAAACAUCUCUUUGUUAUUGCAGUGGAUUGUGAUAGUAUUGCAGGUCUCGUUGAUACCACGAGAAAGUUGUUUGGGGCAGUGGAGAAGGAAAGGAAUGAAGGCACUAUAGGGUUUAUUCUCUCUACAUCGUUGACCAUUUCUGAAGUAAAUUCAUUUCUGGUCUCAGGGGGCUACCACGCAAAUGAUUUUGAUGCCUUCAUUUGCAAUAGUGGCAGUGAUCUUUAUUAUUCAUCCACAAAUCUAGAAGAUGAUCCAUUUGUGGUCGACUUCUAUUACCAUUCACACAUCGAAUAUCGAUGGGGUGGAGAAGGAUUAAGGAAAACUCUAGUUAAAUGGGCUUCUUCGGUCUCUGAUAAGAACACUAACACGGAGGAAAAAAUUGUAACUUCAGCUGAACAACUUUCAACAAAUUAUUGUUACACUUUUAAUGUUCGGAAGCCUGAUGCGAUUCCAGCAGUUAAGGAACUCAGAAAAUCACUGAGAAUUCAAGCUCUGCGAUGUCAUGCUGUUUAUUCUCAGAAUGGAACCAGGCUAAAUAUAAUCCCAGUAUUGGCAUCUCGUUCCCAGGCUCUCAGGUAUCUUUAUGUUCGAUGGGGGACGGAGCUAUCAAAAAUGGUUGUGUUUGUUGGCGAAAGUGGGGACACAGAUUACGAAGGGUUACUUGGUGGAGUGCACAAAAGUGUGGUUCUGAAGGGCGUUUGUAACGGCGCAGCCAACCAGCUCCAUGCUAAUAGAAGUUACCCUCUUUCAGACGUUGUUCCGGUUGAUUCUGCAAAUAUUGCACAGGCUUCUGAAGAGGCUAGCAGUGCUGACAUUCGAGCUUCCUUGGAGACCAUUGGACUUCUCAAAGGCUAGAAAAUUUCUAAUGCUUGGAGUUGGAACUAAGCUCUUCUGGUACGUUUCUGAUCGUCUUCAACGGCCAUUAUAAAAAAAAAAUUAAAAAAAAAGACAAAGAAAAAGAAAAGAAAAUGGUGAAAUAACAAUUGGCCACCUUUUUGGAUAAAAAAAACAAAGAAGCUGAAUCUCAGUUGUGUGCAGCUUGUGUAUUUUUGUCAUUCCAGUGUCUUCUAGCUUGCUACUGCUUUCAUGGUAGCUGUUACUGUAAAAAUUAAUGAAAGUUUGUUUAUUGGGCAAGUUUAUGAUAUGUUUUCAUAUUAUGUACAUUGUUUGUACCGUUCUAUUUUCAAUUAAUAAUAUUACAAA